UGGGGGUCACGUGCCUUCAGCGGGCGGUCACGUGAGCGACCCGUCACGUGACCCCAGGAAGCAGCCGCGGUGACGCAGCGAGGUCGGGCGGCGGCGAUGGGCAUUAAAUUUUUAGAAGUCAUUAAGCCAUUUUGUGCUGUUCUACCUGAAAUCCAAAAGCCAGAAAGAAAGAUCCAGUUCAGAGAGAAAGUAUUAUGGACAGCUAUUACACUCUUCAUUUUCCUAGUAUGUUGCCAGAUCCCAUUGUUUGGCAUCAUGUCUUCGGACUCUGCAGAUCCAUUCUAUUGGAUGAGAGUUAUACUGGCAUCAAACAGAGGUACGUUAAUGGAACUGGGUAUCUCUCCAAUUGUAACCUCUGGUCUAAUUAUGCAGCUACUUGCUGGAGCGAAGAUCAUUGAAGUUGGUGACACACCUAAAGAUCGAGCGCUCUUCAAUGGAGCUCAAAAAUUAUUUGGGAUGAUUAUCACCAUUGGUCAGGCCAUUGUCUACGUAAUGACUGGCAUGUAUGGAGAUCCAGCGGAGAUGGGGGCUGGCAUUUGUCUGCUCAUCAUUAUACAGCUGUUUGUUGCUGGGCUGAUAGUUCUGUUGCUGGAUGAACUGCUGCAGAAGGGUUACGGUCUGGGUUCGGGUAUCUCCUUGUUCAUCGCCACAAACAUCUGUGAAACCAUUGUAUGGAAGGCCUUCAGCCCCACCACCAUCAACACCGGCAGGGGCAUUGAAUUUGAAGGUGCGAUAAUCGCACUCUUCCAUCUCCUGGCAACGCGGCAAGACAAGGUCCGGGCUUUGCGGGAAGCUUUCUACCGACAGAACCUGCCCAAUCUCAUGAACCUCAUUGCCACCAUCUUUGUGUUUGCUGUUGUUAUCUACUUUCAGGGGUUCCGAGUGGAUCUGCCCAUCAAGUCGGCUCGUUACCGUGGCCAGUACAGCAGCUACCCCAUAAAGCUGUUCUACACGUCAAAUAUCCCCAUUAUUCUUCAGUCCGCUCUUGUGUCCAACCUCUAUGUCAUCUCCCAGAUGCUGUCGGUCCGGUUCAGCGGCAACUUCCUGGUCAACCUGCUGGGUCAGUGGGCCGAUGUGAGUGGAGGUGGGCCAGCUCGCUCCUAUCCAGUCGGUGGCCUCUGCUACUACCUCUCUCCUCCAGAAUCCAUCAGUGCCGUGUUCGAUGAUCCCAUUCACGUCACAGUUUACAUAAUUUUCAUGCUUGGAUCGUGUGCUUUCUUCUCUAAGACUUGGAUAGAUGUUUCUGGUUCUUCUGCUAAGGAUGUCGCUAAGCAGCUGAAGGAACAACAAAUGGUAAUGAGAGGCCACAGGGAGACCUCGAUGGUCCACGAACUCAAUAGAUAUAUUCCAACAGCCGCUGCUUUCGGUGGCCUUUGUAUUGGAGCACUGUCUGUUCUGGCAGAUUUCCUCGGAGCGAUUGGAUCUGGAACGGGAAUCCUGCUCGCUGUUACUAUCAUCUAUCAGUAUUUUGAAAUCUUUGUGAAGGAACAAGCUGAGGUUGGAGGAAUGGGUGCGUUAUUCUUCUGAAUCGCCAAGAUCCGGAAGGUUUUAUUUAUGCAAAAGGUUUUUUUUAAACCCCCGCACUUUAUGUCACUUCUAUGUAAAGGGAGUUUUUUCCACAUCCCACUUCACCCCUGUUACAAGGCAGCAAACUCUGUACGUACGCAACACUUUCCUGGCUGCCUUACCCCUUUACCACUUGCGGUAUUCCUUAGUAAAGUGUUGAAAAACAGUGCUUUCUAGGACAUUAUGGCACCAGCACAGGUCCUGUGAUACACGCGUGUUCAAUGAGCAUGCCAAUUUCAAUUUACUUUCAGACUUCAUUUCACUUAAUUUAACUAACUGGAAGAUUUUAGCUGUUUAAAAUUAUGCCUUUCAAACUGUUAAAUAAAACCAUUGAAGCACAAUGUUUUAGAUAUGUGACUAUUUUAGUGUAUCAUAGAUUUAGCAAGUCCAGUGUUUGUUUUCCCUCAUGUAUAUACCUGUUGUUAUAUACCCGCAGCAAUAGAAACACAGCCAUGUUUAAAUGUUAGAAUCUAUUUAUUAAUAACUACUUAUAAUAAUGAGAAAUAAAAACAUUAAGAUAUCAGACAUUGACUGUGUGUGUGUGUGUGUGUGUGGCAAGUUCCCAAACCCCACGUCUGCGAACAGAUUUCAAAGUUCAGUUCAGCAAGUCAUAAAGCAAAACGAUGAGCAAAGGCUUCUGAAAACCUCAUUUGGAUGUAGAGAGAAUAUAUUUACGAAUCCCACAAGUUCCACGAUGGAACAAUACGACAUUUCAAUCGCCGAAGAACUCUGCUGCUUUUAGUCAGAGAUAUCUGCCACUUCGGUCGAUACGUGGCAGCCCACAGAUAUACCUGAUUCCUGGUACAGGUUAACACAAAGUAGACUCCACCGAUUACUCCAAAGAUCCAUACAUGGAUUGUAUAGUGACAGUCACAAUGAUUGUGAUUCACUCGUUGAUACAGAAACUGGAUGUCAGUGCUACCAACUCUGUCUUGUCUGUGCCCUUGCCAGCACAUCAGUGAAUUUUCUUCAGACUCUUCCAGCAUUCCAGUUAUAGACGCUUUUUCCGCUCCCACUUUUAGUAGUCAGAUAAAGCCACACACUCUCUACUACACUACCGUCCAGGUGCCUUAAAGGGACCCUCACCGAGUAGCAACCUGGCUCGUAACACUGGCACUGCAUACUAGUUAUUCAAUGCUUGUGCUUGGAUUACAGGUCCAAAUCACUCACCUGUAUCCGGCAGUUGAUCUGUGCCAAACCCAUUCAUGUAAAUAUCAGUGCCCUAUUGAUUAAGGGUUUGUACUGAGACCAUGUACAUUAAACAGUUCAUUUUAUUUAUUGUGUAUAAAAUGUAAAGAUGAGCAGUUGGCAUUUUUACAAGUAUUUGUGCCUAAAGAGGCACGUUGAAUUAUGUUGAAGUGUGCACUACAGCUGUACUGAGGCAGUUGUGUUGAUAUUGUAAGUAAGUUGGUGCUUUUUGAUCUGGGCAAAGUUGGAACGAACUGCCUUUGAGUGAGUAAUGAAAAAUUUAAUAAAUGUUUAUACUACAUUAAUCACUUAUCGAUGAUUUGCUUCAAACCAUGCUUUCAACAUGAUGCAAAUUAAGUCAUUCUUAAAACCAAUUUUAAAGUUAAACCAUUUAAAAAGCUAAUAUUUAUCCAUGAUUAGCACUGCAAUAGUAGUAUUUUGGUGUGCUGCAGUCAAAGUGAAAGCAAAUUUUCCAAAUUUCUUUCAAAAAAGGCAUGAAUCAUAGAUGAUAUCACGAUAUCCCAGUGUGAUGUAACAGUUACUAAAUUCCCUUUAUCUGUAAUUUUUGGAGAGUUGUUGUAUCACUACCAGUGUUUUAUACCUGGUGAGACCAGAUGGUGAAUGACCAAGUUCUUCAAGCACAGGAAGUCUUAUUUGUAUUAACCAGUAUGUUCCUCAACAUCUGUUUUCCACAAUACUGUGGAGUGUCUAUGUGUAAACAGCUGUGAGCAUUGGCACCCCACACCUCUAGGGGCCUGAACUGAAUCCUGACUUGGGUGCUCUCUGUGUGGAGUGUACACAUUCUCCCUGUGACCUUGCAGGUUUCCUCUCGGGUCUGAAAGAUGUGCUGAGGGUUAAUUGGCCCCUGAAGUUGUAGUGGCCCCUGAACUCCCAGCACAUCUUUAAGAUCUGGAAGGAAACUCCAGGGAUAAAGAACGCAAGGGGUGUUGAUGGGUAGUGGGGAAAGAACAGUUGGAGGGAAGAAGGGGAAUAGAUCUCAUGGGAGCUCUUCUAUGGGCCAUCAUGGACCUUGUGGCCUGAAUGGUCUCCUGUGCCUGGGUAAGCUGGAGCUUUGCUUUAACAAUGAUUUUUGCACGCUGGUUCAAGGUUGGGCGUGUCGGCCAUGAAGUUUGUACUCAGCUCUAGGGUGGGUACUAACCAAGCCACAGUGAACAUAGGGAGAGUGUGCACAAACCCAGAUUCUAAUUAACCUAAGAGCUGUACCAAGAAGUUCUUGGGGAAAAAUGCAAUCAUCUUACCAUUACAUUGAUUUCUAGGACAGCCAGCAACAUGAACAACUUGCUUGCUCUGCAUGAAAGUGAGGUUUUGGUUUUGCACACAUUCUCAAUGACCUUUCUGUGUUUAAAAAUGUAGCAGCACACCUCUUUGUUUUGAGAUUGAGAAACCAUGAAGCUUGUAAUCUUCCAUAAAACAUCACUUAGAUAAAUAAGGAAUUCGCAAGUACAUUGAGGUUGAUAUCAUGCUGGGAGAAACCAUGUGUACACAUUUACAUAAGUGUUUUAAUGAAGGUAUUACAGUAAUUUCACAAAGAAUUUAAUAGCUGUCAACGUAAACUCUUCACGUGAUUUCAAUUACAUGAAAUCCUUCACGCUUCCAACAAGUUUACUAAACUUAACCAAUUUCACUGAAUGAUGAACUAACACAUAGAACUUUACAUAAAGACUAAAUGAGUAUCACAGACAAGAUUUUCUGAAAUGCUGAGCCUAUAGGUUAACGCCUUUCCUAUGUUACAUUUGGAUAAUUUGAUUGCUCAGUGUUCUGAAUUGGGUCGCGUAGUCGUCUAAUUCAAAUGCAAGCAUCUUGCUGCUAACCACUAAAACAUUUUCAACUGUUCUAACGUAACAAGAACCCACAUUAAAAUUGCUAUCUUAAAUAAAAGCAACUAUGUUGCAGCAACAUUACCACCUAAAUCAGAUUUACAUUAAAAAUAUCAUCUUACUAAAAGCAGUUGAAAAGAACAGAAAUUCAUUGUUAAAUGUAUUGUAAACAUUGCAAGAGAAUCCUCUAUAAUAGGUGGAAUGCACUUUUUGUUUAAACUGUUUUGCAGUUUAUUGCAGAAUGUUGAAUGAUUUGCAUGGAUCCGUCAGGUGUAGAUGGAAUGCUCUCAAAGACAGUAAAAACUGAUUAAUGGAUGCAAGUAAGGUUUGUCCUUUACUGCAUGUAGAGUGGGAGAAGGCACAAUCCUGACAGUCCCUUGUGCCUGCUCCGCCCAUUGUCUAAUAUUGUUGCUGACUCUACACCUCCAGUACACCUGCCUGGCCAAGUCCUCGUUACUUCAACUAAACCAGUGUCUGCCAUGAACUUACUCAGUGACUGAGCAUUCAGUUUUCUGUGGUAGAGACGUCCAAAGUUUCACAAGCCUACAUAUAAAGAAACUUCUCCUCAGCUCAUUCCAAAAGAUCAGACCAUUAUCUUACAACUAAGUCGACCAGAGGACAGAGCAUCUACCCUGCCAACAGCUCCCUACCCACAGUGUCUUGUCUAAAGGAAUAUCAGUAGUUACUGUGAUUCAACUGCAGCACUGAGAACUUGUGUGGAAGAUGCAACUAAACACUUGCUGGGUUCCUCUCUUCAGACAACAUUACCAGAGUACUCCCAUUUUACCCCAAGUUACACUGCAAGAAGCUUCUAGUAGCAGCCAGAACAGCUAACGUUCACAUUUUCCUAAUAACCAACUGUAGAUGAAUCACCUGGGGAUGCUGUAUGCUUGGGCAACUAAUGGUCUGCUGGAGGAACUCAGCGGGUGGAGCAGUGUCUGUGGAGAGAAAGAAAUUGUCGACGCUUUGGGUCAAAACCCUGCAUCAGGACUGGGAGUGGAGAGGGGAGACGGUCGGUAAUGACAGGGGAAGUGGUGA